UUUAGUACUUAGGGAAAAAAAAAAUCCUUCUCCAAUAUCAGUCCCUCAAACAUUCGUCGAUUUCAUCGGUUCAAAUCUCGAUUCUAAUCUUGCAAUGGCGAAAGAGCGAAUACCUGAUUGGCUCAACAGUUCGCUGUGGUCCACAACUCCCAGCGUGGACGGUCGCCUCCACCGUUUUUCCCUUUCUCCCACCACAACCACAACCACCGCCGCAGCCGCUGUCUCCGAGCCAAUUGUUCAGCCUACGGUUCCAGUGUCUCCUCCCGCUGCAGCCUCAAGACCUCAGUACACUGUUACUUCUCAGAAAUAUGAAUUCAGAGAUCCAAUUGAUAAAAAUAGUAACAACAAUAGCAAUGAUAAUGACCAAAACGCUAGCCCUUCCGGAGUUUCUCCUGAUGAUAUCUCUCGCCAGGCUCAGCUUUUAGCUGAGUUGUCGAAGAAGGUAGUAAAUUUUCGAGAAUUGCGGCGGAUUGCUUCGCAAGGGAUUCCAGACGGUGCAGGAAUUAGGUCUACAGUGUGGAAGUUGUUAUUAGGGUAUUUACCACCUGAUCGUUUGCAGUGGUCAUCUGAAUUAGCUAAGAAAAGGUCUGAGUACAAGCAAUUUAAAGAAGAGCUAUUGAUGAAUCCUACAGAAAUUACGAGGAAGUUAGAGAAGUCUGCAGUUGAUGAUCAUUCAAAAUCUGAAAGCAGUGGUCUGCUGUCAAGAUCACAGGUAACACAUGGAGAGCAUCCUUUAAGCCUUGGGGAAAGCAGCAUCUGGAAUCAAUUCUUCCAGGACACGGAAAUUAUAGAACAGAUUGACCGAGAUGUGAAGCGCACUCAUCCAGACAUGCACUUCUUUUCUGGAGACUUGCCGCUUGCAAAGUCUAAUCAGGAUGCAUUGAAAGAUAUAUUAAUUGUAUUUGCCAAGUUAAAUCCAGGUAUAAGAUAUGUUCAAGGGAUGAAUGAAAUCUUGGCACCUCUAUUUUAUGUAUUCAGAAAUGAUCCUGAUGAAGAAAUGGCGGCUGCUGCUGAAGCUGACUCAUUCUUUUGUUUCGUUGAGUUAUUGAGCGGAUUCCGUGAUCAUUUCUGCAAGCAACUUGACAACAGCACUGUGGGAAUUCGUUCCACAAUUAGUAGGUUGUCACAAUUUCUGAAAGAACAUGAUGAAGAGCUUUGGCGCCAUCUAGAGAUCACAACUAAAGUCAACCCCCAGUUUUACGCAUUUAGGUGGAUUACUCUGCUCUUGACACAAGAAUUCAAUUUUGCGGACAGCCUUCAUAUCUGGGACACGCUUUUAAGUGACCCUGAAGGUCCUUUGGAGACGUUGCUUCGGGUAUGCUGUGCAAUGCUGAUUCUUGUUCGUAGGCGCUUACUUGCUGGGGAUUUCACUUCCAAUCUGAAGCUACUCCAAAACUAUCCCUCAUCAAAUAUCAGCCAUUUGCUCUACGUUGCGAACAAGUUGCGCUCACAGGCAUCGAACUAAAAGCCCAUCAAGUAUCACUGGUUUGAUCUCUUUUCAUCCCUUCACCCUUGCCCCUCUUUUACUUUGCCUUUUACAAAGGGUUAAUAUGUAAAUUGGAACCCGAAUUUUACAUCAUUUAAUGAUUUUGUACCUAAAGAAAGAACAUUUACAAUCAGGUACAUGAAAUUUGAUGUACCAAGGUUGGACGGUUCAAAUCCCGUGAAGCCCCAUAUCCCCUCCCUAAACUUUGGAUGUACCUAAAAAGAAGCAAAUUUUAUUCUAUUAGAUGAUUACCGCCAUGGAUGGUGUUAAAACAGUGGUAUUUGGAAGGAAAAAGUCAUGUUUCUCUAUUGAUUUACAA